GGGGUUGUUGGCACUCCUACCUCCCGUCCUCCCCUUCUCAUACGUGCUGCUGGUAACAAAGGAGACCACAACGGGGGGAUGAUGGGUGCUCAGACAACAAGCCUGUCAGAGAAACAAUGAGAAGCAAAGCCGUUCGCUUUUACGCUGCGCAUAAUUUGUCUUAACAGUUUACACACGCAUUUUUUUCCGAGACAAGUUUUAAACUGCAUUAAAGUAGCUGCGCCCCGGACCGAUUUUUAACCUAAAGCCCUUUUUCUUGCCAAAACUAACUAUGUUGGAGUGCCAGCACUAGAGCCGAAUAGCUGAAAAGAAAGAGCCAGGCAUGUCUGAGUGAAGCUGGUGGUGAUGACAUGCUCGCACUGACCUUUGCCCUCAAAGCCUGGCCUCUGAUUGGUCAGGGCUUGGAAUGAAACACACCUAAAGAGAAGACUCGAGCAGCUACCAUGUCUGUCCAGGAAGCAUCCCAACAGGACACAGCGCCUUUACCCCUCAAACCUGAGGCUAAGCCGAGACCGGAGCUCCCCCCAAAACCGUCACCUCAGACCAGCUCCCCUCCUCUGGGAGACCGAGGCAGUGGUGGCAGCCUCUCUGAAGGGAAGGUCAAGAGGAUUGUGAACAAGUUUAGCAAGCAGGAACAUGUGCCAAAUGAGUCUGGGGAACAACCCACCAAUGGUACUACGGAAGUCAAACCGAUUAAACGCUUUAAAAGGCCCCCUACGAUAAAGCCCAAACCAGGCCGCGCCAGUCUGCAGCUUCAGAUGGGGGGGCAGCAGGCGCCUCCGCUGCCUCUGAAGAGGAGCCGGAAGCCGAAAGAGAGCGAAGAGGGGGACAGCAUCAGUGUGGAAGGAGGUCGAUCAGCACCUGAUGGAAAAGAGGUGGAGAUUCAGCUGAUUGGAGGAGGUGAAGCAGAGGCGGAGCACAGUCCACAUGUACCACUCAGUACCUGCUGCGACCCAGGCUGCAGCUGCGUGUGCCACCUCCAGUGGCCUGGCAUGAAACUAAUGUGGGUGCCCCUGGACGUGGACGUGGGUGACGGUGGGGAGGAGGGUGGAGGCGGAGACGAGGAUGAGACUGAUGAAGAGCAGAGCGGAGAAGACGGGGAGAAUGAGGAGGAUUGGGAGGAGGACAAGGAGGUGGAGACAGCAGAGACUGGAGAGAGCGACGCAUUGGAUGGGGUGGACAGGACCUCUGUUGUCAACGAGAGCGAAGAGUUAAAGGAAAUAAAGACAACGUUCCACCAGUCUUUGGAUGUUUUGAUCAUGGAGGGUCACAGGAGACGCUCUGACCCGGGCCCUCACUCUGUUGUCGCUCUCGCUGUCACUCGCUCUCAGUCUCCCCCGGUUCCCCCAAAGCAUGUUCAGUCAGUACACAUUAACCACAGACCCACCCUAAACGAAGAGGAAAAUAUUUACGAGGCCACGCUUCCAGUGGUUAAGCCUGCUCCUCAAAAGUCCACACCUGUGUGUAAGGAACUGGAUAUCCCUCUUAUCAAAGUGCGCAAACCAGCUCGUCGGUCCAAACUGUCCAACAGCACUUCGGACCCGACAUCUGAGUUUCAGGCCAACGCAGAACCCAUCUCAAGCCCAGGCGACGCACCACCUGCCAUCCCACCGAGGAUGCCUGUAACUCAGGACAGCUGCAGCGUCACUCCAGUGCACCGGGCCGGCAUUCCUCUUCCUCAGCCCACGCUGGAGGAGUGGCGCACUUUGCGACCCUCGUCCAGCACCGCUGCCAGCGGACUGAGCCCCCAAAGGGCCAUCACUCCACCCCCAGCCAGCCCUCACAGACCCCCACCUCCACCACCAAAGACAGAAGGCCAGAGGCUCAGCGGUGCCUCCGUGCAGUCCCUCCCACAGAAAAAAGACGGAGAGGAGAAUGGAGAGAAUGAAGGAGAGAAAGAGGACGAACAGCUCCCGGUCAGGACGGACUCCCUCACGAGGCAGUCUUCCUUCAGCUGGGAGUCCCGGCUGCAGGAUGAGCCUCUGUACCAGAUGUACCGCACCACCGUCAUCACCAAGGAGAUCCGACGCCAGACAGUUUGUCGUAACAUCAGUAAAACGAGUGCGGACUUUGCCAUGGACUGGACAGCCCAUCGCCCCAGGACAGGAACUGGUACUGGAAACGGAGCAUCCAGGAGCAGCACUGUGCCCACACCGGGCCAGAGCACCCUGUGGCAGGACCUCCAAACUGUUCGGGACAGCGGAGUGCUGGAGGAACUCACCCCAAAUCAGAUCAAAUACCAAGAGAGCAUGUUUGAGGUUUUGACAUCAGAGGCCUCUUACCUUCGCUCGCUGCGAGUUCUGACCGAACACUUUCUGGAAAGCCGUGAUCUGGAGGAGGCGAUGAUCAUCAGAGACAGGAAAACCCUCUUCUCCAACGUCCUGAGGAUCCGGGAGGUCAGCGAGAGGUUCUUAAAAGAUCUGGAGGAUCGCAUUUUCGAGGACCUGGUCUUCCCUGACAUUUGCGACAUAAUCCACUACCAUGCCCAGCACAACUUCCCUGCCUACAUCGACUACGUCCGCAACCAGGUCUACCAGGAAAAGAUCUACACUUCGCUCAUGAAGAACAACAAGGAGUUCGCAGCGGUCAUCACUCGUCUCCAAGAGUCGCCUCAGUGCCAGCGACUGCCCUUCAUGUCUUUCUUGCUGCUGCCCUUCCAGCGAAUAACGCGCAUCAAAAUGCUCACCGAGAACAUCCUGAAGAGAACAAAGGAGAGCACGAAAGAGGAGACGACGGCCUCAAAGGCUUUUACUUCGUUGUCGAGGAUCAUUGACGAGUGUAACACACAGGUGGGAAAGAUGAGACAGAUGGAGGAGUUGAUCCUCAUCUCUCAAAUAUUGGAGUUUGAUAAGCUCAAGGCCAUCCCAGUCAUCUCCCAGACACGAUUCUUGGAGAAGAAGGGAGAGCUGCAGGAAAUGUCCAAAGGAGGAACUCUCUUCAACAUGAGAGCAAAAUUCAACCCCAUCUAUCUCUUCCUCUUCAAUGAUCUGCUCAUCAUCGCUGCCAAGAAAGGCUCGGAGCGUUUUGUGGUAGCCGACCAUGCCCAUCGCUCUCUGGUGCAGGUGCAGCCAAUAGAUGAAAGCGGGUGCAGAGGCGGCUACGAGCGCUGCUUCAACCUCACCCUGCUGGAAAACCACCAGGGGCGGACGGUGGAGAGGCUGCUCAAAGCUCCCUCACAGUCAGACAUGCACAGGUGGAUGGCAGCUUUCCCCAACCCCACCAACCCAGAUGGAGAUGAAGAUGAAGUGAUUUAUGAGGAUUGGGAUUGUCCUCAGGUGCAGUGCGUGGAGCAGUACAUCGCUCAGCAGGCAGACGAGCUCACCCUGGAGCCCACUGAGAUCGUCAACGUCACCCGCAAAACCAACGAGGGCUUCUAUGAAGGUGUCCGCCUGUCAGACGGUCAGAAGGGCUGGUUCCCAGCAUUAAACGUCAUAGAGAUCACCAACGAGCACGUGAGGCGACGAAAUCUCCGAGAGCGCUACAGAGUCAUGCGGGCUGCGAGCAUGGUCGCCAACGGCAAGACCAACACCGCUCAUUAGGAUCGACGGAUCGAGCACGUUUACAUUUAUUUUAUUUCUAUUUUUAAACAAUAACACUUGGAAGCGAGAAGAGAACUCUGUGCAUAGAUUCAGUUUCAGACAACCAGGAUAUGAAAGAUAAAAGGAGAAGGGUAUCCAUCAUGAGAUGUCAUAACAGACCUUGUGUCAUCACAUUUUUUUAAACUACUGGAGUACAGCAAAGCAGCUGAGAGCUUGAGAGGUAGAUCAUUUACUACUGAUGCUGAAAGAAACCUCACGAAUGUGCAUGAAUGCAUUCAGUAACACACUGCCAAACCUCAGGUUUGAAAUGCCAGUCAUUCUAGCCAUUGCUUGACCAGAUUGUAGAAAUUUCUGAGUGGCUGUAAAGAUAAGAGGUGGGUGUUUCUGGAAAUGUCUCGUUGUUACAUGCACACACAAGUUAAAUCUCAUUCCUGCGACGCACAACAACCCAAAAUGUGUCACCAAGGCAGCCAGAAAACAGGACGUGUCAGGACUCAACAUUUUAUGGAAUUUAUCUCAGCACAAGAUAAAACCUCAUCAGGAGGCACCUUAGAAUGAACUCAAGACACAAGAACUACAAAUCAAGACUUCUGUCAGCAUCACAUCAAGCACCAAAGCUUUGAAAAUGCAUGUGAAUGUCGACUGAGCUGCAGCGUCAUCAUGACGUUUCAGUGGUGGUCGCGAGGUCUACUAACUUGUCAGCCUGUGUCGCUUGCCGUUGUGUACUUGUUCUGCAGCUCCCCCUGCAGCUCGCUGUCAGCUAAGACAGGAUAUUAUUUAUGGAUAUGCUGUAAAUGUACAAAAAGUUGUAAAUACUGAGUCAAAACAGUAGUGGUGCUUUUAAUAAAAAUGUCUUUUUAGAUGGAUGUUUGUCUCUGAA